AUAUCCACAUUUUUGAAUUAUGAUGGCACACGACAUGGAGCGAGUACUGAUGUCCCCGGCGUUCGAAGUGUUUAACAAGCUUCGGCUGGCAGGACAGCUUUGUGACGUGGUCCUCAUCACCGACGGUGUUCAAUUCAACGCCCAUAGAGUAAUUCUGUGUGGCUGUAGCUCCUACUUCCAGGCUCUGUUCGCCAGUGACUGGAAUGAUUCAGGAAAGCGGGAGUACCAACUCCCAGGCAUUUCCCCAGAAACACUGAGGCAGGUCAUAGAGUAUGCCUACACAUACUCUGUGGUCAUCACAGCUGAGAAUGUGGAGAACCUCCUGGCAGCUGCUGAUUAUCUCAGUGUCUUGGGCAUCGUGCAGCGCUGCUGUGAUUUCCUGCAUGAGCAGCUCUGCCUCAACAACUGCAUUGGCCUUCUUAAAAUCGCCGAUGUCUACUGCGUAAACGAGCUGCACCAGUCUGCAUUCAACUUAAUCUUGAAAAACUUCAAGGAGGUUGCCAUCAGCUCAAAUGAGUUCCCAGAACUAAGUCUUGAACAACUUUCUGACAUCAUCGAGCAGGAUGAGCUUAAUGUCAGAGAAGAGGAUGUGGUGUUUGAGGCCAUCCUCCGGUGGAUCGAGCACGAGCCUGCCACCCGAGAGGCCCACAUUUCAGUCCUAUUGGCCAAGAUUCGGAUGGCUCGUAUGGAUCCGGAAUACUUCAUGAAAAUCGUCAAAGCCAACGAUCUAGUGAAGGCCAAUGUGGCGUGCAGGCCAAUCAUCACUAAUGUACUGAAGGUCAUCUAUGAUCUUCAUGAUGAACGUCCACGAUCUGAUUUUGAGAACCCACUGAUCCGCCCGCGCUUGCCCUCUGACAUUUUGCUGGCUGUUGGUGGAUGGAACAUGCGCACGACAAACUGGAUUGAAGCCUAUGACACCCGGGCCGACCGCUGGGUGGAUAUAACACAGGGGCAGGAGACUCGCCAGUCCGGCCAUGGCAGUGUGUGUUUAAAUGGCUUCAUGUAUUGUUUUGGGGGUUAUGAUGGCCAUAAUUUCACCGAUGCUGUGCUCAGAUUUGACCCCGUCGCACGGACAUGGCAGCACAUGGCCCCUAUGCACUGGCGCCGCUGUUGUGUCAGUGUGGCCGUAAUUAACGGCUUCAUCUAUGUGAUGGGUGGCCGUUUAGACGUGUCGCCUCUGAAUAUUGUAGAGCGAUAUGACCCAAAUGCCAAUGAGUGGACCAUCAUCCAGCCCAUGCAUGAGGAGCGACAGGAUGCCAGUGCCACCACCCUGAAUGGAAAGAUAUACAUUUGUGGGGGUAACAAUGGAGCUCAGACCACUUCCACUGCGGAGUGCUAUGAUCCACUCACGGGCGAAUGGACCUUGAUCGCUCCCAUGCGCACUCGCCGACGUGGCCUUGGAGUAGCGGCAUAUCAGGGAAACAUCUAUGCGGUGGGCGGUACCAACGGGGCUCAUCCAGUGCGGAGUAUGGAGGUUUAUGACCCUGCAAUUAACCAGUGGCACACUGCGCCUCCCAUGAAACAACAAAGGAGCUAUUUCGGCAUCGCAGUGGUGGACGGCUUGCUGUUUGCAAUGGGAGGCUCCGAUGGCUUCAAAGUCACUGCAAAGGUGGAAUGCUACAAUGCAGAGAAAGGCAGCUGGUUCCGUACGCAGGACAUGAUUACGCCCAAGAGGAACUUCAGCUGCUGCACAGUGCCCCCCUGCAUCGUACAGUACGCUGCACCUCGCCCACCUGCCCCCAUCUGCCUGCCUGGUGGGUAACCAGGUUACGCAUCUGCCGGUGUGGCUAGCAUCACUGGACUUAAUCAACAGAAACAGUGGACACUAACAAGAAUCAGAAACAUUCACCAAAAUAAGGAAAAUGCCUCUUGAAUAAUGGACUGAGGGAACAGAACUUAGACCUUACAGUGGAGUCAGAGCAUAGAGGUUAAGGCACUAGAACAGCUAUCAAAAUGCAAUUAUGGCAAGACAACUGCUUUCCUUUGUUAUCGGAUGCUGUAGUGGUUUGCUCCUGUUGUGUAACAUGCCACUUGUUUGCAUGCAUUUGUUAAUUGCCUUGUUCUCUCCAACCAUUUCUCUGUCUUAGAGCAUCUGCCAAAUGAAUAAUACAAAGAGCACAACUAUAGCAGAGCUCAGCUGGGACCUCCUGCAUGCUUUUACAGCAAGCAAUGAGUGUGCUCUUCUAGAACAGAUUUAAUAUCUGGCUACGGUUGUUGGGGACACAUGUGUUAGAUAUGUGAAAUGCUUUAUUCAUACAAAUAAAGCCCUUAUAUUUGUAUUUUUAUCACAUGUGUUAUCACAUUAAUUUUAUGAGUAGUAUCUUCAUAGAAUUUGUGCCGUGUGUGUGGUGUUCUCCAUAUUAAUUCAUAUCUCAAUUAAACAUUAUAACCAAGAUGCAGCCAAAGCCCCAAAAAUAAAUUCUGAAUAUCAAUCAAUUAACAAAAACAAUACAGAACAAUGUUUUUCAACCUGAUCCACAGGAACCCCCAGUCCAUCCACGUUUUUGCUCCUUGCCAGACAGCUGGUGCUGGGAGAGAGCAAAAACAUGGACUGCUGAGGGUCCACAAGAAACACUGAUAAAACAUAAUAUAUAUGCAGACCGAAUGUCUAUGGCACCCCCUAAAGGAGCAUCAUAUGCGUAAAGAACUGCUUAAGGUUUCAUGCCAUAGGACCCUCCAGAGCAUGAAAGCCAGCUUCUGCUU